GCCGGUCUCCGCCGCAUCUCACUCGCGUCUGCCUGGAUUUUACGCACGCAUGAAGAAGCACAGCGUCGGCCGGCGGCUUCAGCGGAGAUACGCGGCUCUGGGACACUCGUACUCCUGCCUCUUCGUUCAGAAACCGAGCAUCACCAAAAGCGCCGCCAUGACGGGCUCCGAGAUCUCCCAGAUCCUGAAGGAGGGUGAGCUGGAGAAGAGGAGCGACAACCUCCUCCAGCUCUGGAAGAGGAAGACCUGCGUCCUCACCACGGACAGCCUGAACAUCUACACGGACAACCAGAAGAAGAACAAGAGCAAAGAGCUCAAGCUGCAGGCCAUUAAGAAGGUGGACUGUGUGGAGCGCACUGGGAAGUUCGUGUACUUCACCAUCGUGACCACAGACAACAAAGAGAUCGACUUCAGGUGCCCAGGCGAGGAGAACUGCUGGAAUGCAGUCAUCACAAUGGCUCUGAUUGACUUUCAGAACAGAAAAGCCAUUCAGGACUUUAAAACACGACAGGAAUCGGAGAACACGUCUCUGGGACAGCAGGAGAGGUGCAAAGCUAGAGCACCUUGAGAUGUUUCCAGUCCAAGCCCAACAUGAGAUCCAAUGAACUGAAUCUGGAAGCUUGGACCAAAGCGGUGUCUGAAAGGAGCCCGUGUGCUCCGAGUCUGGACGGUCGCGGAGCUGCUCCCUGAAGGUCUUCGGAUCAAACCUGCGGUGAUUUCAACGAGCAGAACCCUCAAAAACACUCAAGACUGAACCCUGAACGUUCUCCAGCGCCUCCAUCAGGCUGCGGAUAUCCACAUGGAAAUGUAUCUAUUUAUUUUUUACAAAGGAAUGCUGCAAAUACCAAUGUUGUACUAAGUUAUUUCACAGUCUAUGUAUGUAUUUAUUUAAAUAAAUUUGCAUAAAACAGA